UGAAGCAACAUUUUUCUGAGAUAUGGAGUGGAAUCUUUGAUACUUGGCAACAAUAAUUUGUACGUGUUUGCGUUUUCACCCUACUCCAUAUGCAAAUCCGUAAAAACUUCAUUUUCGAACACAUCGAAUCCAUAUGCACAUCAUCAUCUUGUUCCACAGCGGAAAUGUCCACUACUUGUGUCACCAUCUUCUUCCUUCUCCUAACCAUGGCUACCUUCUCCACCAUUUCCCUUGAGCAUGAUGGAUUGGAGACCAUCCAAAUGGCUCAAACUCAAAUUCUGCAAGUUCGAAAGUGGGUUCAGUCAAUGGGUGGUGGAUUGAGCCAGGAUUUGAAUCCUGCCGGUGUGGCUUUCAGUGACUGUGUCAAGCUUUACAGUGAAAGUGAGUUUCGACUCGCACAAUUGCUUCUCAAUGAGAAUCUUAGCGAUGAAGAUACUUGCAUGUGGCUCAGUGGUAUGCUAGCUAAUCAUAAAACUUGUUUGAAUGGCUUGAACGAGAAAGGAUUUGAUGAAAUUCAAGGUGUGACUCAAAAUUUGAUUUGGCUUAAUAAAGCCCUAGCUUUGCAAAGGCAAGGGAAAGGCAUAUGGAGAGGAGCACCACGACGACCAAAAUAUAAUCACGGCGGGGGAAUUCUAACAUCAUGGUCUCCGGCAACAUCCAAGGCAGAUUUUAUAGUGGCAAUGGAUGGUUCUGGUACUCACUCAACAAUUAAUGAGGUUAUGGCUGAACUUACUAAAUUGGGUACCAAGAGAACCAAAAGAGUAAUAAUCUACGUGAAAGCAGGAGUUUAUAAUGAGAAGGUAGAAAUUGAAUAUCCUGCUAAAAAUGUGAUGCUUGUGGGUGAUGGCAUUGAUAGAACCAUCAUAACGGGUAGUCGAAAUGUUCCAGAUGGGGAUACCACCUUAAGCUCAGCUAGCUUUGGCGUAUCAGGGGAUGGAUUUUGGGCUAGGGAUAUCACAUUUGAGAACACAGCUGGGCCCUAUAAAUACCAGGGGGUAGCAUUAAGGGCGAGUUCAGAUUUUUCGGUCUUCUAUCGAUGCAGCUUCAAAGGUUAUCAGGACACUCUAUUUGUGCUUUCCUUGAGACAAUUUUACCGUGAUUGUCACAUAUAUGGCACCAUCGAUUUUAUAUUCGGUAAUGCUGCAGUAGUAUUUCAAAAUUGCGACAUCUUUGUAAGGAGACCGAUGCAUGGCCAGGGCAAUUAUAUAACUGCACAAUCAAGAGAUGACCCUAAUGAAAAUACAGGAAUUUCUAUACAUAGAUCAAGAGUUAGACCAGCACCAGAUUUUGCUGCAGUUAAAAAUUAUAGAACUUACUUAGGCAGGCCAUGGAAAGAGUAUUCAAGUACCGUGUUUAUGAAGACAGACCUUGAUGGUCUAAUUGAUCCAGUGGGUUGGGGAGAAUGGCAUGGUAAUUUUGCACUUUCAACUCUGUUUUAUGCAGAAUAUAUGAAUACAGGCGUUGGUUCAUCUACUUCAGGGAGGGUGAAAUGGCCUGGCUUUCAUGUGUUUAAUAGGCCACAAGAAGCUAGUCCCUUUUGUGCGGGCAUGCUUAUACAUUGAGAGUCGUGGAUCCCAAUUACGGUUGUGCCAUUUCGGCUUGGGAUUUAA